AUGAAGGGGCACCAGCACCAGUCGUCCUCUCCGCUGCUGCCGCCGCCGCCCAGCAAGCGCCGCUGCAGCGGGCUGGCGGCAGCCGUGCCGGCGCUCGUCGUCUGCUCCACGCUGCUCCCGCUCGUCUACCUCCUCGUCCUCCACCGCCCUGCCGCAGGAUAUGGAUCGGACGACCGCGCCGCCGUGGUCAUCAGCAACGAGCUGGCUGGCGUCGGGGCGCGUGGCAUGCGGCAUCUGGAGAAUGGGGGCGCCAUGAAGCACAAGCUGCUCAAGGAUGUUUCCAAAAAGGUGUCUGGAUCUAAUGGGAUUUCGGCUGAGAGAUCUACUAGAUCAAAAUCUACCAAGGAUCAUGCUAUCAAAUCAAAAACAAAGUUCAAGGGUGCUUUCUCUUUAAUUGAACUAAAUAAUGACACCUUCAAAAGUAAAGGACCCCGUGCACCCCCAAAGGUAUCAAUUGAAGGACUUGUCCUGGAGUUCAAAGGUAACAAUAUAUAUUGUGGUGCAAUGCAAUGUACAAUUGUGUCCCUUAAACAUACUGUCCUGCGAGAUGUACAAGGUCAUAGUACCACUCAGACAUCUAAGGACGAUAUGAUCAAGUAUUCCUUAGUGGAUACAACUGUUGAUGCGAAAGAGAACCAUGGUCAAGAGACGGUGCAUGAGGACAAUAUCAAGUCCUGUGAACAUGAAUAUGGAAGUUACUGCCUCUGGUCUACUGAACAUAGGGAAGUAAUGAAGGAUACCAUUGUCAAGAGGCUUAAGGAUCAACUUUUUAUAGCAAGAGCUCAUUAUCCUAGUGUUGCAAAAUUGAAGCAACAGGAAAGAUUUACACGUGAACUGAAGCAAAACAUCCAAGAGCAUGAACGCAUGCUGAGUGACACCAUCACAGAUGCCGAUCUUCCACCAUUUUUUGCAAAGAAGCUGGAGAAGAUGGAGCACACUAUUGAGAGAGCCAAGUCUUGUGAUGUAGGAUGCUCGAAUGUUGAACGGAAACUUAGGCAGCUACUUGAUAUAACUGAAGAUGAAGCUUAUUUCCAUACAAGGCAGAGUGCAUUUCUAUAUCAUCUUGGGGUCCAGACUACGCCGAAAACUCACCAUUGCUUGAACAUGAGAUUGACAGUAGAAUAUUUCAAAUCCAGAUCAAGUCAUAUGGAUCAGUUAAAUGAGCAGGAGCUUGAAAGUCCUACCUUCCAUCACUAUGUAAUAUUUUCCAGGAACAUACUUGCAGCUUCCACCACUAUCAAUUCAGCAGUUAUGAACUCCCAGAACUCAGACCACAUUGUUUUCCAUUUGUUCACUGAUGCGCAAAACUUUUAUGCGAUGAAGCAUUGGUUUGAUAGAAAUUCAUACUUGGAGGCAACUGUUCAUGUAACUAACAUUGAGGACAACCAGAAGCUCUCUAAGGAUAUACAUUCCCUUGAGAUGCAACAGUUAUGGCCCGCAGAGGAAUUUCGUGUCACAAUUCGUAAUCAUUCUGAUCCUUCCCAGAGGCAGAUGAAAACUGAGUACAUAUCUAUUUUCGGCCAUUCACAUUUCCUCUUGCCCGACCUUCUUCCUAGCUUGAAUAGAGUAGUUGUUCUGGAUGAUGAUUUGAUUGUCCAGAAAGACUUAUCAUCUCUGUGGAACCUCGAUAUGGGUGGUAAAGUGGUCGGUGCUGCCCAGUUCUGUGAAGUGAGAUUAGUCCAGUUGAAACCUUAUAAGGCAGACCAUAAUGUCAAUGCUAAUUCAUGUGUGUGGUUGUCUGGCUUGAAUGUCAUUGAAUUGGAUAAAUGGAGGGACAUGAGCAUUGCUAGUUUGUAUGAAAAGUUGCGAAAGGACAGCCUGAAAUCACAGCGACUGCAAGCACUCCCUGCAAGUUUACUUGCCUUUCAAGAUCUGGUAUAUCCUUUGGAAGAUUCAUGGGUUCAAUCAGGCCUUGGACAUGAUUAUGGAAUUAGUCACGUCGAUAUAGAAAAGGCUGCUACUCUGCACUAUAAUGGUGUGAUGAAACCUUGGCUUGACUUGGGGAUACAUGAUUAUAAGAGCUACUGGAGGAAGUACAUGACUAAUGGAGAGAAGUUCUUGACAGAAUGCAAUAUUCACUGA